AAAACACAAGAUUUGUGGCCAUUCCUCGUUUGCUUCAUCGUCUCCCCCGCGAAGUUCUCUGAAGCCAUGCGUCCGAUUAAGCUUCUUCUCCCCCUUCGUCCUCCCUCCCCCGUCCUUGAUUCAUUGCGCCUCCGCCUGAUCCCUACCCUGAUCUUUUGGCCAUGGAGAAGACCCCCGUCCCAGGGGUUGAUCAAGGAGGAAGAGUCCUCGACGAGGAGGCUGCAGGUCCACGAGAGCACGAUGUGGACGACCUGAUCCAGGAGCUACUGGAGAUGAUCCAAUCCGCCUCCUCCUUCGGGGACUAUCGCCGGUUGCAGCGGAAGGAGUGCUUCAACCUCGUGCGCCGGAUGAAGCUGGUCGUCCCAUUCUUAGAGGAGAUUAAGGAGCUCCAAGAUCCGAUCCCCGACGCGGCAUACGAUCGGCUCUGUUGCCUCCACAAGGCCUUUACUUCCGCUCGGAAGCUGCUUCGGUGCUGCCAUGACGGCAGCAAGAUCUAUCUGGCGUUGGAGAGCGAGGCUAUGAUGGGACGAUUUCACAUGGUUUACGAAAAAAUCAAGCAAUCGCUGGAUGACAUGCCGUACGAGCAGCUUGGCAUUACAGAUGAAGUGAAGGAACAAGUUGAGCUAAUGAGCGUGCAAUUGAAGAGGGCCAAGAGGAAAACAGACACACAAGACAUGGAAUUAGCGAUGGAUCUAAUGGUGUUACUCCCCCAGGAGCAAAAUCGAAAUGCCGAUGGUGCCAUACUUGAAAGACUCGCCAAGAAUCUAGAGCUGCAGACCCUCCCAGAUUUGAGGGCAGAAACGAUGGCCAUCAAGAAGCUCAUCAAAGAAAGAGGCGGGCAGAGCGGUGAAAACACCCAACAGAUCAUCAAUCUGCUCAACAAAUUUAAGCAAAUUUCUGGAAUCGAAGACAGCAAUGGCUUGGAUGAUGUCACCUUGCCCAAGUACCUGGAGAAGUGCCCUUCCUUGAUGAUUCCCAGUGAUUUCCUCUGUCCCAUUACUUUGGAGAUCAUGAUGGAUCCGGUGAUAGUCGCAACAGGACAGACGUACGAACGACGAAGCAUACAGAAAUGGCUGGACGCAGGCCAUCGAGCAUGCCCCAAGACCAGGCAAAAUUUGGCUCAUCUUUCACUAACUUCCAACUACGCUCUUCGGAACGUGAUUAUCAAUUGGUGCGAGAAGAACAAGAUCGAGCUGUUGAAGCGCGAACAGAUCGAGGACUCCGAUUGCUUGGAGGGCAAGGAUGAUGUCCCUUCCCUGGUCGAGCAAUUGUCAAGCAUUCAUCUCGAUGUGCAACGCAAGGCGGUGAAGCGGAUCCGUUCGUUGGCCAAAGAGAACCCCGACAACAGAGUUGCGAUCGCCAAACAUGGCGGAAUACCUGCCCUCGUCAGCCUCCUAAAUUACCCCGACUCAAAGUUGAAAGAACACGCGGUCACGGCCCUGCUAAACUUGUCCAUCGACGAGUUGAACAAGAGACUAAUAGCCAAAGAAGACGCGAUCCCACUGAUAGUAGAGGUUCUCAAGAUUGGCACGGUGGGGGGGAAGGAGAACUCGGCCGCGGCCUUGUUCAGUUUGUCAAUGCUCGACGAGAACAAGGAGUUGAUAGGAAGCAUGAACGGCAUCCCUCCGUUGGUGGACCUGCUACAGAAUGGCACCAUUAGAGGGAAGAAAGAUGCUGCCACCGCACUCUUUAACUUGCUUCUGAACUGCAAAAACAAAGUCAGAGCCAUUGAAGCGGGAAUAAUGACUCCGUUACGUACGCUGCUGGACGACAAGAACCUCAGCAUGGAGGACGAAGCGCUCUCGAUUUUUCUUCUUCUCGCAUCGCGUCCUGAAGGGCGCGGCGUGAUAGAGAAGCGUUCGUUCAUUCAGAAACUUGUGCAGUUGAUCAAGGAGGGCAACUCGAAGACCAAGGAAUGUGCAGUCGCGGUGCUGCUCGAGUUGGGUUCACACGAUUCUUCCUUCACGUCGACGUUGAUGCAAUUUGGUGCGUACGAGCAUAUCUGUGAGAUAGAGAGAAGUGGAACUAACAGAGCGCAGAGAAAGGCCAAGUCCCUGUUGCAGCUCAUGCGUCAGUGCCAAUUGCCAAGAAGUUUAGCCAGGCCCAAGGGUUAAUUGAUUAAUUUUACAGUGCGGUCAUCCCCAUCCCAAAAGCUAUUCAAGGUUUUGGGAUGCUACAUUGGUUAGCAGUGACUCGGUGUCCAGUGACUUUGUAUCCAUUGGUUUUCGAACUCGCGCACGAUGUCCGUCUAGUUAGAUGUCUACCUUCUGGUUUCGAAAAAAGAGACCACUAACAACAAUUGUCUUGUGUGUUGAGGCUGUUGAAGUAUUCUCUACUUUGAUCAGUAAUCUGUAUUAUCGCUCUAUUUUUGAGAUCACCAUUAGUGAUUUUGGCA